AUGGACGGCCUUGCCGCUGACCGCCACAUUCUUGACUGGGACGAAACAGAUGUUCAUAAUUGGCUGUCAAGCCUCGGCUAUCGUCAGUACGAAAGUCAAAUUCGAGAACAUAAAAUACAAGGAGAUUCACUGUGCGAGCUGGACUCGGAUGGACUCAAGUCAUUAGGCAUUACGACCAUCGGCCAACGACUCGCGAUACUGAAAGCUAUUUAUCAAGUUAAACUCGCACAGAAUGUGCCAAUCCAAGAGCAUCACUAUGUCCCCCCAUCUGAAGCUCCCGAGCGCGUGGAAAACAUAAAUGUCGAGAAGCUGCAUUCCAUUGUGAAGGACCAAGCUCAACGGCUGCGAACACUGGAGGAGGAAAAUCGGAGCUUGUCCACUGCCUUAAAGACGUUCGUGGAUGAGUUCAACACAAUACGUGCAUCAUCGGGGCGGCCUGACGAUCAACCCGUCAUUCGGAGGCAACCUUCCUUUAAAUGGGCUAAAUCUCCGACUAAAGAUACGCACAUAGAAUCGCCUCAUCCAUCACCUCAACGGGUUGAACACGACAUUUCGUCGUAUUCAAGAAAUGCCGGACCAUCGACCUUGCCACAACCUCCAGCGGAGAAGGCACGAACACCCCCUCCUCAGCCUGAUGCUACUGUUUCUGGGUCCCUCAAGCCGUCAAAGCAAGAGAGCUCGGAUAACCUCAAGAGCUUCAAAGUUAGCUUAGAAGAUCCGACGUGGAAAGUCCUUCCCGCGGCUCUCAAGAAAUAUCGUAUCAACAAUGAUAAUUGGCAAAGUUAUGCGAUGUUCAUCUGCUAUGGCCCAUCUGGUAACCGCAUAGAACGCUGUUUAAGCUACGAUGAGAAACCGCUUUUGCUAUUCCAAAAGCUUAAGGAUGCGAAGAAAAACCCAGUUUUCAUGCUGAAACACAUCAAGGAUAUCCGCUCACCCAUUGCGGUUGCACAACAGAAACAUGCUGCUCGUAAAGCUUCCUCCGUAAUAUCGCAAGAAUCUACGGUCACGGGUGCAACUCAUGGACACCAAAAAGCCCCUUCACAAUCACGCACCACACACCGACCUCCGAAAUUAGAAGUUCAAGAUCUAUCUGCAACUACCCCAGCACCUUCGACAGGGCUAAGUCCACAGCCCGGGUGGCCGGAGGCCAGUAUGCUUUCUCCUGCAGCUGAUGGUUCCCGACAGGAAGAAAUGCCUGCAUCUGCCACCAUUCACACGUCACACUUUUCUAAUUUUUCAACCAAUUCAACAAUGAGUGCAUCAAGUGGUUCUACGAUGGUCGGUUCGAGUCAAACUGGAAAUGGACGAGAUUCGACCAAGCCAAAUCAAGAGACCACGAGCAGCGCACGAGAAAUGCCACCAGCCUCUUCUAGUGGAGUUUCGUAUGCCGUUGCUAUUUACCCUUAUAUGGCUGAACAAGAUGACGAGUUCGAUGUCGUCGUUGGCGACACCUUUGUUAUACUCUCUCGCGCCCGGGGUUGGUGGGUGGUUCAACGGGAUCCAACCGGGUCAGGCAUUGUCGAAACCGAUAUUGUUAAACAGGGCUGGGUUCCAGCUGGAUGUCUUUUGGAAACAAAUGUCCCAGUUGCCUCAGCCAUCGCCGAGGCCACCGCUGCAAAGAGUGGCUCUUCUUCAGGGUCACCUCCGGGAACGCCUGUCUCAAAAACUCCGAUUUUACCCUUGAGCAUCAUUUCAACGAGUUUCCCUGGAAUAGCUUUGAUGGACUACAAGAAGAAAGGCGAUGAAGAGUUGGACCUUGUCAAGGAUGAUGCUCUGAGGGUGUUCAAGCGAUACAAUCAUUGGUCAUACGCUGUAAAAGAGGUCGGCGGAGAUCGCGGAUGGGUUCCAUCAUGGUUUAUUGGCAAGGUUUCAGCAUCUGGAGCCAUGUCUGGUACACCAACUCCUGGUGCGCCAACACCUUCGAAUAUCGAAGAUGGUGCAACACAAGUAUCACCAAUGUCAUCAGCUUUCCCCCCAGUGCAAUCACGGAACACGCCAAUAGUCGUAUAG